CGUUUCACAGAAUUCUGGAAUCCUCUCGUUUUUCACCCCCGCCAAGGAAAGACCGCUACAAUAGCAGCUGCAGCCGCAAAGGGCGCGAGAGAGUGUGUGUGUCAGGAUGAAUUUCCUACAGAAGGGGCUUGCCGGAUUGGAGAGUCGGCUGGAUAAGGUGUUGUUGGAUGAGCCCGGGGGACAAACGAGUACUACGCCGCCGCCGCCGCCGCCGCCGACGUUGCAGCAGACGAAAGCGGAGGAGAAAGCCGCAAAUACUGUUGCUGUGAAAGCUGGGAGAAUAAGUCUACAGGAGCGGUUAGCAGCCGCGACAGCUCGGAAGGAGCGGGAUAGGAGUCGGAGUCCCGGGAUCGAAGAUGGGGAGCCGGUCGAUAAUGAAGAAGGCGAGCAUCGACCACCUAUAGCAGCGCUAGGGGAGUCGCCCGCACGUCCAUCUACGGACUCCACCGCAUUGAAACCCACAACCGACCCGCCACCAGCUCCCCCGCCUCCCCCGGAAAUAAUCAUAUCCCCGCGCGGAUCACUAGAAACGAACGGCCACACCGAUGUUUCCCGCGAAGACCUAGAAACCACAAUCAGGCUCCUCCGCGAGGACCUAGCGCUAUGCGAGGCCCGGCGACAGGAGGAAUCACACACCGCGGCGGAGCGCAUUGAUGCACUGGAGGACAAGAUCCGCUACCUUGCGCGCGAGUCUGCCGAGGCGGCCAGGCAGAAAGCCAAUAGUGCCCCAUCAGGAUUGGAAAAGAAGCUCGCGGAAGCCCAAGAGAAGAUUGCGCUUCUGCUGGAAGAAGGGGAGAAGCUGAGCAAAAAUGAACUGAAGCUGCAGAAUUCAAUUAAAAAGUUCCGCGCCAAGACACAGGAGGAGGAGAAGGCUACCGCGGAGGCUAAGAAGCGCGCGGAGAGGGCAGAGAAGGAGGCUGUUGACGCCAAAGAGAAAGCUAAGCGUGCUGUGGAGAAUGAGAAGAGGGCUUCUGAGAGGGCUAAAGGGGCUGUGAGACUUGAGAGUGAGGUGGAAAACCUCAGGAGAGAGAAGGAAAGUUCUGCAAAAGUCAUUGCUGAGCUUAAGGGUAAACUUGAGGAGGUUAGGGAUAGGGCGGAGGAUGCGGAGAGCAGAGCCCAGGCCGAGAUGCUUGAGAAAGAACGGAGGGUCACGGUUGAAUUAAAGGCUGAGGUUGAGAGGGUUCAAAGUGAAGCUACGCUAGCUGAGGAGAGACUACAAAGCGAAGUCCAAGAUUUGAAGGCCAAGAUUGAGAGGGACGCCGAGAGGGCGAGGAUAAUGGAGGAGGAGUUGAAGGGAGAGCAGUCUAUGAUGGAAAGCAAGAUGGAGGCUUUGAGAGCCAGGGCUGAAGAGUUUUCUAGCGGAGCUUCCGGAGAUGCCCAUGCAAAGCUCUUACGGAAGGUUGAAACACUGCAGACACAGUAUGCCAUCGCUAGUGAGAACUGGCAGGGCAUUGAGGGAAGCAUGCUAGGCCGGAUUUCAAACUUGGAGAAGGAGCGGGACCAGCUGGCCAAGAAAGAAGCGGAUGUGCGGAGGAAAGCCAGGGAAUUGAGUGCAAAAUCCAAAACCCUCGACCUGGACUUGGAAAUCUCGCAGUCCAAAAUCAACGACUUGGAUACAGAACUCACAUCGCUGAAAAGGCAACUGGAAGAGCUCAAGAAAGAGCACACGGAGGAGAUUUCUGCACUGGGCCUUACAUUUUCCAGAGAACGGGAGAGCUGGCAGAAGGAGCUACAGGCACGGCUAGAAGAAGAGCGCACAAAAUGGAUUGAAGCCUCUCGCGCUUUCUCAUCGCCACCUCAAGCUCCACUUCUACCCCCUACGUCUGCGCAUUCGAUAAGGAAGUUCUCGGGCCCAUUAUCCACCAGCUUUAGCACCCCUCCACUCUCUAUCCGCCAGGACUCCCUGCCAAUCCACAACUCCCCAUCCCGACCAUACGCCUACCAAACCUCGACAUCCCCGUACCCGCAAUCGCUCGCGCGCCACCCAGAUAUGAUCUCCGUGUCGACUGUUGCCGCGGGCCCAUCCGUGCAACUGGUAGAGCGCAUGUCAUCCACCAUCCGCCGGUUGGAGUCGGAGUUAGCCGCCAUACGCGAGGAGAUGGAAACGGUGCAGGCACAGCGGGACGAUGCUCGGAGGGAGGUGGUCGACAUGGUCCGCGAAGUGGAGGCUAGUCGCGAGGCGGAGAAGCGCGUGAAGGAGCUGGAAAACGAGGUGGAGGAGCUCAAGCGCAGGGAGGAGUACACACUUGAGAUGCUCGGUGAGAAGAGUGAGCUGGUGGAUGAGUUGCGCCAGGAUGUGCUGGAUUUGAAAGAGCUGUAUAGGGAUUUGGUUAGUACUGUUAAGUAGGGGUUGGCCGCCGUGAGGUGUGAGGGGGGGUAAUGUUCCGGUGUUUUUUUUUUUUGCAUUUCCAUGUUUCUCCCAUUUGUCAAAAUCGAGCCUUUGCUUUUUUUUGCUUUUACAUGUUUUAUUUCCCUUGUCUCUAGGCUCAAAACGGAAGGAAGGAGAGGGAAGAGCGUCGGGGGUU